UUUAAUUUCAUAAUUCAACUGUGAUUGGAUACUUGGAGGCAUGUUUUGAUUGGCCUUGAAAUUUUUUAGUAUCUUGUUGUUGCAUGAUGGAUACAAGGAUAUGUUAAAACUAGUUGAUAACUUUUCUGCCUUUAAUCAACGCUUAAAAUAUGCGCAUUUUCGUCCACAUGUUUCCAUGAAAUCUGAUCCUCGUUCUUGGUGGAAGUAUGCUUAUAGAGUUGUAUCUGACCAAGUGAAGAAGGGAAGAUUGAAUCAAAAGAUUGUACUGAGUAUUUUGUGUCUUGGAAAGGAGCUAUAUAUAGAUACUGCAAGUCAUGUUUCUGUUGUCUUUGCUUCAACUGCUAAUCAGGGAAUACAUUUAUUUCCAAGAAUGUUGACAACAAGAAGAAAAAGAAACUUAAGAAGGUGGAAAAUAAGAUGCUUGGAUGGGAGUCAAAUUUUAGUGCUUCAGAUCCUUGUGCAUAUUGGCUUGCAAGUUAAUUUCUCUUUAAUAAGUGCUGAAUUGCUUCAAUUUGAGUUGCCUUUUGGACUUCACUGA